AUGGCUGUAAAUCCUAAUAUUAGAAGAUAAAGAGGUAUUUAUUCUGAAGUUAUAGAUCCAGAAAAUGCUUAAAAGAUAGAUCCUAAAAUAGUUCAAGCUGGUCCUAAGGUAGAAAUAUAUAAGUCCAUUUCAGUUACAUCUCUGCCUAAAGCUAUUUCGCUUUAGCGCUUAUAGUCAAGAAAUGGCUUGAGACCAAACACCUCGAGUUAGAAGUUAUUUUCUGAUGAAAGAGAUAUUUUACGCUCUAGAAUGCAAUCCAGAAAUGAAUAAAGAAAAGUUCUAAGAGAAAAUGCAAAAAUAGUUUCAUCAGUAAAUCCAAAGGUUAUGGAACCUUACGAUCCUAUUCCAGGUCAAGUUCCUAGAAAAGUAGCCAUAGAUAGAAAGAAAAAGCAGUUUGCUUCUUAUUAACUGGAAGAUUUAAUGCUUUAUUUAAAUGUUGAUUUCAAUUAGCCUGAUACUUAAUGCGAAUGGCUUCCUCUUGAGCUUUUUGAUGAUAGCACUUUUGAUGAAAACUCUAGUUUUGAAUGGCUAGAUAGAACAAAAGGUGAUGAAGAAGAAAACGACUUUCAUCCUUUGACAGGAAGAGCUCUCUUCAAGAAUAGUGAAGAUAACAAAUUUUAUUAUUAAAAAGUAGAGAUCACAAGCUACACCAGAGAAACUAAUAAAUAUAAAGGCAGAAAAUUAGAAACAUUUAAUGCAGAUGAUGUCAUUAAUUUUGAAUUGCAUCGUAUAUUCGUUUGUUUUGAUGCCGAAGAUCCUAGAAAAUAUGUGCUUCGUUUAGCAAACGCUUUUUAACAAAGAGUGUAUACUGAUAGCAUAAUAAGAUAUAAUUUUUAUAUUGAUAAUAUGCCCACUCAAGAUUUGAGUGAGCUUGAUACUGAAUAGAAGAAGAGAAUUGCAGAUUUAGCAAAAACAACAAAAAUUGAAGAUUUAGAUACAACUGCUUUAAUAGCUGAUGUUAACAUGGAUUUUUCAAGAACUAUGAAUAAAAUUAUAUUUGAUACUUUUUUAGAGGAAUGCUAAGACUCCGAAUACUUCCCAAAGCAUUUACGCUUACCUCCCAAAGAGGAAGAAAAAGAAGUUAGAUAUUACGGUACUAUGGAAUUAGAAAGAACAAAGGGAAUUAAGGAAAUGCAUGUCACCUCAAAUCGUGAAAUUAGUUUUCAUGAACCCAAAGACUUCAACGAUACUUUUAAGAGCUUUUGUUUUGCAUCUCUGUACAUCAAAAAAGAAGUCAUUAAAGCCCUUCAAGAAAUUAGAGUAGAAUGCAAUAAAAUUAAUGACAUGGACAUAUUCUAAUUAAAAAUUGAUGAAGCCAUGCAUUUAGAUCAAUUUAAACAUUUAUAAGAAUCAUUUACUUCUUCAUUAAUAUAUCAAUUGAGAGGAACAUGGAUUGAGGGAAUGGUCAAAAUUAUCAAAACUCAAUUUGCUGAUGUUGGAAAAGGAUGGUUUAAUAUGAAAGAAAAUGAAAGAAUUACUUAUGAUUUUGGUAAAUUGAAAAAGUUUUUGACUGUUAUUCGUUUGAUGAUGCAGGACACUGUUACUAGUCUUGUUUAAAGAAAUUAUAACGAUUAUAGAGACAUGAUAUUAAGCUUCAUUCCUAGUAAAGUUAUAGUACAUGAUACAAGCAAAGUUGAAAAUAUAUUCCCUGAGCACGUAGAUGAAAAGAAAAGAACAAGAGCGUUGUUUUAACUAGAUUUAAAAACCCAAAAUGAUGAAAUAUUUAUUUAUUCUCCUAAAAAUCCUGAAGUUUUUGUUAAUGUUGUUUUGCAUGUUUUUGACAAGGCUUUAGAAGAAUUAGCUAAAAUUCCAGAUUUGGAACCAAAAAUUGCAUCUAAUCUUUACAAAGGCUAAAACCUAGAGACAUAUAUUAAGACACCUCAAAAACCUCGUGAAAAACCAGUAGAUCCUGAUCCAAAUGCUAGACCUCGUAAGUUCCCUGAUGAAAACAAAUGGAUAUGGGAAAUGGCUGAGCUUCUUAAAGAAAGAGUAGGAUAAGCUACCGAACCAUUGGCUGAUUAUUUGAAGGCAUUUGAUAAAUACAUUCCUAUUCUUAAAUCAACACCUGAAGAAUAUUGCAAAGCCAUGGAAAACGAAAUAGAAAAUCCUAGAGAUAUUGAAUCUAUUAAUGAUGAAAUUGCUGAAGUAGAAAGAAAAAAGAAAUAGCUCAAGAUUGACAUUCCUGAGUAUAUUCAUGUAAGCUGUUUUUAAAUAAGUUGCUUGGAAGUAAUAGCUCAUUUAGAUGAAAAACUAUCUGAUUUAUCAAAGAAUCUCAAAACAGUUAUUGCCAAAAGAGCUAAGGAGGGAACUACAAAUAUUUUUAAUUAAUUCACUUUGAUUAAAGCUAAAUUAAAUGAAGAUCCUACAAAUAUUGAAAAAUUAGUUGAAUUGUAAGAAUAUAUUACAAAUAUGCUUCCUAUUGAAUUGGAAAAGUUGAAAUCUGACAUGAAUAAAGUCUUCGAUGUCUAUAAAAUUAUGGAAGAUUUUAAUUAUAAAUUCACUCCAGAUGAAAUGAAUAAAAGAUGGAACGUAUUUGCAGGUCCAAGAGAUAUUUUGUAAUUGAUCAAUGAAAGAGAAGGAAAGCUAGAUAAAUUAAAGACAAAGUUUGCUGAAGAAAUGAAAGAAUAAUAAGAUGAAUUUAAAUAAAAUUAUGAAAAUCUUGAAUAAACCAUUCAAGGUUUCUCAAGCUAUAUCGAUAUUAAAAACCAUUCGGAUAUGGCUAAAAUGGUUAUGGAAAUUCACGAAUCUUUAUUAAGCAUUCAAGACGAAUCAAGAAAAUUCAAUCAACGUGAACAUCUUUUUGGAAAAGACAUGACUGAGUAUAAUAAACUUGGAAAUAUGCAAAAAGAAUUUACACCUUACUUUAACUUGUGGAAAAUAGUUGACUUUUGGAUGAAAGGUUUUAGUAAAUGGAUGUACGAUGACUUCGAUAAAGUAAAUGCAGAGGAAGUAGACAAAUUUGUUGAAGAAGGAGUUAAAACAUUAGGUGGUAUUAUGAGAGUUAUGAAAGAAAAAGAACUCACUUAGAUUUAUGAAAUUGCUUAAAAAAUAAAAGCUGAAAUGGAUGAGUUCAAACCAAAAGUUCCUCUUUUGGUUGCUCUUAGGAAACAGGGCAUGGAAGAAAGGCAUUGGAAAGACAUCUCACGUGUUAUGGGUAAAACUAUAGAAAAGAAAAAUGAAGGCUUUACCUUUGAUCAAAUUUUAUAAAUGGAUUUGAUGAAACAUGUUGAUGAGAUUGUUUAAAUUGGUGAAAGAGCAGGAAAAGAAUUCUAAAUUAAGACCUUACUUGACACUAUGGAGACAUAGUGGGAAGAAAUUAAUUUCUAGCUUCUUCCUUAUAAGCAAACUAGCAUUAUUAGGGGCUAUGAUGACAUUUCUAUUAUACUAGAUGAGCAUAUCGUCUAAACCUAAUCUUUGCUCUUUUCUCCAUACAAAAAAGAAUUUGAAGAAAGAAUAUUUGAAUGGGAUAAGUAAUUAACAACUAUGUCAGAUGUGUUGGAAGAAUGGGCAAAAUUCUAAGGUCAGUGGAUGUAUCUCCAACCUAUUUUUGAUAGUUAAGAUAUUGCAAAAUAAUUACCUGCCGAAACAAAGAAAUUUAGAACUAUAGACUCAACUUGGAAAACAAGUGUUACCUAAGCUAAGCACAUACUUAAUGUCCGUAAAGUGUGCACAGAAGAAGGUUUAUAUGACAAAUUAAGAGAGUCUAAUAAGAAUUUAGAAAUUAUCUAAAAGGAAUUAAAUAAUUAUUUGGAAAAAAAGAGAGAAAAGUUUGCUCGUUUCUAUUUCUUGUCUAAUGAUGAACUCCUUGAAAUUUUAUCUUAAACAAAAGAACCCACAGCAGUCUAGCCACAUUUAAAAAAGGUAUUCGAAAAUAUCCAUAAAAUAGAAUUUGAUGAUUAAAAGAAAAUUCAUGCAAUGUUUUCUGCCGAAAAUGAAAGAGUACCUUUUGAGAAAUUUGUAGAUCCAAAUCGUAAAAAUGUAGAAGAGUGGAUGGGUGAUGUAGAAAAUAUGAUGAAACGCUCUGUCCGUCGUGCAUUAAAUAAUUCAGUAGAAGAUUACAAUAAAAAGCCAAGACCAAAAUGGUGUAUUAGUCAUCCAGGUUAAUGUGUGCUAAACGGUUCAUAAGUAUUAUGGACUUAUGAAGUCGAAGAGGCCAUAAAAAAUGAAGGCCAAGAAGACAAAGUAGGAAUCAAAGGGUAUUGGGACAAAUUAAAACUAUAAUUAGACGAUUUGGUUGAUUUAGUUUGUACAAAAUUAACUAAGCAAUAACAAGUUACUAUCAAUGCUCUAAUCGUCAUUGAUGUGCAUGCAAAGGAUGUUGUUUAAAGACUUAUUAACGAAAAUGUCAAGGAUGUAUCAGCCUUCGAAUGGAUUUCAUAAUUGAGAUAUUAUGUUGAAAACGAAGAUGUUAGAGUAAAGUGCGUUCAGACUGAUUUCCCUUAUGGAUAUGAAUAUUUAGGAAACACUUUAAGAUUGGUUAUUACUCCUUUGACAGAUAAAUGUUAUAUGACUUUAAUGGGUGCUCUAAAGCUCAAUUUAGGUGGUGCUCCUGCAGGCCCUGCUGGAACAGGUAAAACAGAGUCAACAAAAGAUUUAGCUAAAGCACUUGCUAAGUAGUGUGUUGUAUUCAAUUGCUCUGAUAGUAUGGAUUAUAUUAUGGUUGGUAAAUUCUUUAAAGGUCUUGCUAGUGCUGGUGCUUGGUGCUGUUUUGAUGAAUUCAAUAGAAUUAACAUUGAAGUACUUUCCGUUAUUGCCUAACAACUCUUAUAACUUUUCGGAGCUAAAGAUAAAGGUAUUGGAUAGAUUGAAUUUGAAGGAUCCAAUAUUAAAGUUCUUCCUACAUUCUGUGUCUUCAUUACAAUGAAUCCUGGUUAUGCCGGUCGUACUGAAUUGCCUGAUAACUUAAAAGCCUUAUUCAGAAGUGUAGCGAUGAUGGUUCCAGAUUAUGCUAUGAUUGGUGAAAUUAUGCUUUAUAGUUUUGGUUUCAAGCUUGGUAGAGAGCUUGCUUAAAAAAUGGUCGUUACAUUCAAACUUUCUUCAGAACAACUAUCUUCUCAAGAUCACUACGAUUAUGGUAUGAGAGCAGUUAGAUCAGUUAUUAAUGCUGCAGGUUUGUUGAAAAGUGCUACUCCUGAUAUGGAUGAAUAACAACUUUUACUCAGGGCAUUGCGUGAUGUUAAUGUUCCUAAAUUUUUAAAAGAUGAUAUUCCUCUAUUCGAAAAUAUUAUCAGUGAUCUCUUCCCUGGUGUAGAAAGGCCUAAAUAUGAAUAUGGUGACUUAGUAAGCUAAAUUUCUGUUGUCUGUAAAGAUCCUGAUUUAAAUUUGCAACCUGUGCAAGCUUUUACAGAUAAAGUACUAUAGCUAUAUGAUACUAUUUAGGUAAGACAUGGUCUUAUGUUAGUUGGUCCAACUGGAGGUGGAAAAACUUCUAAUUAUCUUGUACUUCAAAGAAGUUUAAGUAAUCUACAUGACAAAGGAUUCUACAAAGUCCACACCCAUAUCAUGAAUCCUAAAAGUAUAACAAUGGGAUAAUUGUAUGGAUAGUUUAAUGAACAAACUCACGAAUGGACAGAUGGUAUAUUAGCCUACAUCAUAAGAGAGACUGUUAAAGAUACUUCAUCAGAAAAACAUUGGAUUCUCUUUGAUGGCCCAGUUGAUGCUAUUUGGAUCGAGUCUAUGAAUACAGUUCUAGAUGAUAACAAAAAACUAUGUUUAAAUAGUGGAUAGAUUUUAACUCUAACACCUCAUAUGACUAUGAUGUUCGAAGUAGAAGAUUUGGCUGUGGCUUCUCCUGCUACUGUAAGUAGAUGUGGUAUGGUAUACAUGGAGCCUAUCUCUCUUGGUUUACAACCUUUAAUAGAUUCAUGGUUGAAUAGCAUUCCUGCAAAUAUCUAAAAGAGAGCUAAAAUAAUAGAGAGACUUAAACUACUUUUUGAUAAACUUCUUUAACCUUGUUUGACUUUCUUAAGAAAAUAAUGUAAAGAAAUUGUAGCUACUGGAGAUAAUAAUCUUACUUAAUCUCUUUAGAGAAUUCUUAACAGCUAUUUUGCAGAAUAUGCAGAAACAGAAUUCAAAAGAAUUCCAAGUGAAGAAAUCGACAAUUUGUAAAACAUGAUAGAUUAACUAUUUAUUUUUUCACUAAUUUGGUCUGUUAUGGCUACUUGUGAUUCCGAAUCGAGAGAGAAAUUUUCUAAUUUCUAUAGAAAUCUUUUUACUACAGUAACUGAUUGUGGCUUCCCUUAGGAAGAUUCUGUAUAUAAUUAUUUCUGGAAUAAAGAAAAAAAAGUAUUUGAAAAUUGGUAAAUUUAAUAUGCAUCUUUUGAAGUAAGCUCUAAGUACCAAUAUCAUGAAAUUAUGAUUCCUACUAAUGAUUCUACUAGAAAUAUCUAUAUGAAGAAAUUACUUGUUUCCCAAGGCUACCAUGUUAUGUGCCCAGGUCCUACUGGUACUGGUAAAUCAUAAAAUUGUUAUUCUCUUUUAACAACUUAGCUUGGUGAGGAAUAUCAAUAUAUUGCUCUUACCUUCUCUGCAUAAACAAGUGCAAAUCAAACUUAAGACACCAUAGAUUCUAAGAUGGAUAAAAGAAGAAAAGGUAUUUUUGGGCCUCCUAUUGGUAAGAAGUGUAUCAUAUUUGUUGAUGAUUUGAACAUGCCUAAGAAAGAGACUUAUGGUGCAUAACCUCCUAUUGAACUUUUAAGAUAAUUCUUAGACCAUUAAGGUUGGUAUAAUAGAAGAGAUUUAGUUUUUAUGAGGUUCUAAGAUAUUAUUUUACUCGCUGCUAUGGGUCCUCCUGGUGGUGGUAGAUCAAACAUAACAGCUCGUUGCACUAGACACUUUAACAUUUUAGCAUACCCAGAAUUAGAAAGAACUAUCAUUAACUAACUUUUCUAAACUCUAGUUAAGCACUUCUUCAAAAAAUUCGACACUACCAUAAAAGAAGCUAUACCUUAAUUGGUUGAAUCAGUCAUAGAAGUUUACUAUAAGGUGAAAAAUGAAUUAUUGCCCACACCUUCAAAGAGUCAUUAUACCUUUAACAUGAGAGAUAUUAGUAAAGUAUUUUAAGGUAUGUGCUCUGCUACUACUAAUACUAAAACUUGCUCUGAAAUUCCUGUUCUAAUUAGACUUUGGUAUCAUGAGAACAUGAGAGUUUUCCACGAUAGAUUAACAACAGAUUAAGAUAGACAAUAUCUCAAAGAAAUACUUUAAGAUUUCUUUUAGAAAUUCAACAUUACAAAAGAAGAAGUAUUAACUACCUAAAGAAUUAUAUUUACUGAUUUCUUGCAAGGAAGAGAAUUAGAACCUAGAAUUUAUGCUCCUGUCGAUGAUUUAGACUAGUUUAUUGACAAGAUGGAUUACUUCUAAGAAGAAUAUAACACUGAUAACACAUUUGUUAUAAAUGGACCUAGAAGCUCAAUGAAGCUUGUUAUGUUUUUAGAUGCAUGUGAACAUAUAGCAAGAAUAGCUAGAAUUAUUAGAUAGCCUCAAGGUAAUGCUUUACUUUUUGGUGUUGGAGGUUCAGGUAGAUAGAGUUUAGCAAGAAUGGCAACAUUCUUAUCAAACUAUAAACUCUUUUAGAUUGAAGUUAUUAAAAAUUAUAAUAUGAGAUCAUGGCGUGAUGACAUUAAAAAAUGUCUUAUGAUGGCUGGUGUCGAAAAUAAAUCUCUUACUUUCUUAUUUGUUGAUACAUAAAUUAUAAAUGAGCAAAUGCUUGAAGAUAUUAACAAUAUUCUCAAUUCAGGAGAUGUCACAAAUAUUUAUUAGGAAAAAGAUAUGGAAGACAUUUAGAAUGCAUGUAAAAUGGAUUGCAUUAAGAAAGGCUUAUAACCAAACAAAAUGAACAUCUUUACUUAGUAUUUAAUUAGAGUCAAAAAAAAUGUACACAUUGUUAUUGCUAUGUCUCCUAUUGGAGAAGCAUUUGCUACCAGAUUGCGUAUGUUCCCUUCAUUAGUCUCUUGUUCAACAAUAGAUUGGUUUACUGAAUGGCCUGAAGAAGCUUUGCUUGGUGUUGGUAAAGGCUAACUUGUAGAUUUUGAAGAAGAACUAAAAAUACAAGGACUCACUACCAAUUUAGUCACUAUUUUCAAAGAUUGUCAUAAAUCAGUAGAAAAAAUAUCUUAGCGUUAUUUCUAGGAAUUAAGAAGAUAUAAUUAUGUAACUCCUACAAGCUUCUUGGAGCUUCUUAACUUGUAUAAGUCUAUCUUAGAUUAAAAGAAUAAGGGUUUAAAUGAAUAGAUUUCAAGAUUAAAGAGUGGUCUUGAUAAAUUAGCAGGAGCAAACAAAGCUGUUGAAGAAAUGAAAGUAACUCUCACAAAGAUGAGACCUGAGCUAGAAAUUGCAUAAGAAUAAACAUAAAAAAUGAUGGAAUAUUUAGAAGUAGAAUAAAAGGACGCAGAUGAGACCUAAAAAAUUGUAGCAAAAGAAGAAAUAGAAGCAAAAAAGCAAGAAAGAGAAGCUCUAGAAUUAGCUGAAAAAGCAGAAGCAGCUGUUGCUGAAGCUAAUUCCUCUUUAGCCAAAACGCUUAAAAAUGUCAGUGAACUUAAAAAAGAGCAUUUAGUUGAAGUAAAAUCUCUUUAAACUCCUCCAGAGGCAGUUAAAAUUACAUUGGCAGGUGUAGUUAUUCUAUGUACAGACUAUGUAAAGAAGAUUGGUGAAAUCAUCAUCACAGCAGUUAAAGAUCAGUUUGGUAAAAAAGAAGAAAAUUACUUCUAAACAGCUAAAUAGUAUUUAUUGACAGAUCCAAAAGAACUUCUUAAUAUUUUGAUGAAUUAUAAUAGAGAAAAUAUUAACCCUAAAUAUAUUGAAAAAUUGGAAAAAGUAUGCUUCCCUCACCCUAAGUUCAACGAAGCUGAUGCCUAUGGUGGUAGUAAAGCUACUGGUUAUCUCUUUGGUUGGGUAAAAGCAAUGUAUGAUUUCCACAAAGUAUUUACUGAUACUGAGCCUUUAAGAAAGUAAUUAGAUGAAGUAAAGCGUGUUGUACAACAAAAAACAGAAGAAUUAAAAGAAAAGAAGGAGUCUUUAGAAAAGAUUAACUAAAAAAUCAAUAAUUUAAGAUAGCAGUCAGAGGAAAAAAUUAGACAAAAGGAAUAUUUAACAAACUAAAUUAAAGAAUGUGAAAUUAAAUUAGAAAGAGCUCAAAAAUUAACUGAUGGCUUAAAAGAUGAAAAAGAAAGGUGGUCAAGUGAUAUAGAAGUAUUGUCAGAAAAAGGUAAACUCUACCCUGGUGAUGCAGCUAUUGCAGCAGCUAUGCUUGCUUAUAGUGGGUCAUUUGUUGCAUCUUACAGAUCAGAAUUAGAACAUUUAUGGAUUAAAUACUUGAAUGAUUUGUCGAUUCUCCAUACAGAUAACAUAACUAUGAGAUAAUUCCUUGGUGAUGAAGUAUAAAUUUAGACUUGGAAUCUUUGCGGCUUACCUAAAGAUGGAACAAGUAUCGAAAAUGGUAUUUUAAUUGAUAAAAGUAGAAGACGUCCUUUGAUGAUUGAUCCUCAAAACUAAGCUAAUAAAUAUAUUAAGAAUCUUGGUAGAGAAGUCAAGGGAGAUAUAAUUGUAUAAAAAGUAAGCGAUCCUUCAUUAAUGCGUAGCAUUGAAUAGGCUCUUCAAUUUGGUAAAUGGGUGUUAGUCGAAGCUGUUGGUAGAGACUUAGACCCCUCUCUUGAACCUGUAUUAAACUAAUAAUUGAUCCGUUAAGGAAAUGAAUAUUUAAUUUAAUUUGGUGAGAAACGUUUGAACUAUAGCCCAGAAUUCCGUUUCUAUAUGACAACUAACUUACGUAAUCCUCACUAUUCUCCAGAAACAAGUGUAAAAGUAACAAUUAUUAACUUUGCUAUUACACCCUUUGGCUUAGAAGAGUAGAUGCUUGCAAGGGUAGUCGAAAAAGAAAAUCCAAAUCUUGAAAAUAGAAAAAAUGAAAUCGUCCGUAAGAAUGCAUAAGAUAAAAGAGACUUAGUAGCAACUGAAGAUUAGAUUUUAUCUUCUCUUUCUUCUACAAAAGGAGAUAUUGCAGAUAUUUUAUUAGAUGAAACACUUAUUAAUCAACUAUAAAACUCUAAGAAAUUUGCAGCUGAAAUAAACUAAAGAGUCAAAGAUUCGAAAAAGACUGAAAUUGAAAUCGAUAAGGCUAGAGAAGGAUAUCGUCCAGUUGCUUUUAGAACAUCAAUUUUAUUCUUCUGUAUUUUAGAACUAGCUACUAUUGAUCCUAUGUAUCAAUAUUCUUUGUAAUGGUUUAUCAAUUUGUUUGAAAUGGGUGUUGAAAAUGCUGAGUAAAGUGAAGAACUAGAAUAAAGAUUGCAUAAUUUAAAUGAAUACUUCACUUAUUCUUUAUAUGAAAAUGUUUGUAGAUCACUCUUCGAAAAGCACAAGUUGAUUUUCUCUUUCUUGCUUACUUAAAGAAUUUUAGCUUCUAAAAACGAAAUAAAUUUGGAAGAGUGGUAGUAUCUUUUAUCAGGACCACAAGGAUCUAUUCAUGUUAAAUAAAAUCCCACAAAUUGGAUAGCUGACAGCAGCUGGCCAGAUAUUUACAAGUAACUUUAUGGCAUGAACAAGCUUCCUAAUUUCUAGGGUAUUGAGGAUCAUUUCAUGGAAAACCCCGAUAGCUACAAAGACAUAUAUGAUGCUUAAAAUCCUCAUGAAAUGGAACUACCUGGAGAGUGGAAUACAAAACUUGAUGAGUUUGAAAAAAUUGUUUUCUUAAAGUUCAUCAGAUCAGAUAAAUGUAUCCCAGCAAUUUAAAAUUGGAUUAAAAACAAAAUAGGAUAAGAAUUCAUUAUUGUGCCUACUUUUGAUCUAGCAAAGUGCUUCAAGGAUUCUACAAUUCUCACUCCUCUCAUCUUCGUUUUAUCACCUGGUUCUGAUCCAGUUUCUGACUUCCAAAAAUUCGCAGAAGAAAAUAACAUGACCAGAAAAGUUAAAAUGAUUUCUUUAGGUUAAGGAUAAGGUCCUAAAGCAGAGAAAUUAAUUGUAGAAGGUAAAUAAGCUGGUGGUUGGAUUUUGCUAUAAAAUUGCCAUUUAGCUACAAGUUGGAUGCCUGAAUUAGAAAGACUUUGUGAGGAAUUCGAUGAAACUAUGCACAAAGAUUUUAGACUUUGGUUGACUUCAGCCCCAAGUAGCACUUUCCCUUCUAGCGUCUUAUAAAAUGGUGUUAAAAUGACAAUUGAACCUCCUACAGGUCUUAGAGCUAACCUUUUAAGAAGCUAUAAGAAUCUCAGCGAUUAAGAGCUGAGUGAUUGUAAGAAGCCAAAUGAAUUUAAAAAAUUACUGUUUGGCUUUUGCCUUUUCCAUGCAAUUAUUCAAGACAGAAGAAAAUUUGGUGCUAUUGGUUGGAAUAUUGCUUAUGAGUUUACAAAUGAAGAUUUAGGUGUUUGCAAAAAGCAACUUAAAUUAUUGCUUGAUGAAUAUAAUGAAAUUCCUUACAAGGUUUUAAAUUAUUUGGGUGCCGAAAUUAAUUAUGGUGGAAGAGUCACAGAUGAUAAAGAUAUUCGUUUGAUUAAAAGUAUAUUAGCUAGUUAUUGCUGUAAAGAUGUCUUACGUGAUGGACAUAAAUUCUCUGAAAGUGGUUUAUAUUUAUCUAUUCCUGCAAGCACAUAAGAAGAUUAUAUUAAGUAUAUUGAAAAUUUACCUUUGAAUCCAGCUCCUGAAGCCUUCGGCUUGCAUGACAAUGCAGAAAUUACAAAUGCAUAAAAUGAAACCAGAGAUUUGCUUGAAUCAUUGCUUUCACUUUAACCUCGUGAGCAAGGUGGUGAAGGAAAAAGCAGAGAAGAAAAAAUUACUGAAAUAGCAAAUUUCAUCCAAUAAUAAACUCCUCCAGUUUGGGAUAUCGAAAGCAUAUCCAAACAAUAUCCUACAGACUACAAUGAAUCUAUGAAUACAGUACUCGUAUAGGAAUUAAUUAGAUACAAUAGAUUGCUUGAAAUUAUGGCUACUUCUCUUGUGCAAGUUAAAAAAGCUCUAGUUGGUUUAAUUGUUAUGAGUGAAGAGCUUGAAAUACUUGCUAAUAACUUGCAUGACAACUAAGUUCCUCACAUGUGGAAUGAAAAAGGACAUCUUUCCCUUAAGCCAUUAAUGUCAUGGAUAGAAGACCUGAACUAAAGAGUUAAUUUCCUUAAUGAUUGGAUAUAAAAUGGUACUCCUAAAAUAUUUUGGAUUUCAGGUUUCUUCUUCCCUCAAGCGUUUAUUACUGGAUCACUAUAAAAUUAUGCAAGAAGAAAAUUUGUUGCCAUUGAUAGAUUGUAAUUUGAAUAUAAAGUACUUGAUAUAGAUCCUUCCAAAGUAAAAGAAAAACCUGAAGAAGGUUGUUAUGUUUAUGGUAUUUACCUUGAAGGAGCAAGAUGGGAUUACAAAAAGCAAGUAAUUAACCAACCUAAACCUAAAGAAUUGUACUCAGAUCUUCCAGUAAUGCAUUUGUUACCAGUAGUUGACAGACAAAAAUCUGAUAAAAUUAUCUACAAUUGCCCAUUAUACAAAGUUGUCAGUAGAAGAGGUACUUUAAGUACAACUGGACAUAGUACUAACUUCGUUAUGUUUAUUGAACUUCCUUCAAAUAAAUCAGAAGACAUAUGGGUUAGAGGAGGUGUUGCAGCUUUCCUUGCACUCAGAUACUGA